AUGCCAAGUGAACUGGCAGCAGCAGCAGCAGCAGCAGCAAAGAUAUCUAAACUCGGCAGCAACGCCACAAAGAGCAGCUGCGCCACGGGCAGCCAGAGCAGCACCAACGCGAGCAGCAGCACACACACACGAAGUCCACCCUCCCAGCAGCAGCAGCAGCAGCGGCAGCAGCAGCAGCAGCAGCGGCAGCAGCAGCAGCAGCGUACUCUUUCCUGCGUAGUGAGGAUGGAGCUGGUGAGGGGCAUCUGCUGCAGCAGCAAAUCCAACACGGCCCUGCAGACGAGGCUGCUGGAGUCCCCCAGAGCUGCUUCCAAAGCCCCAAUGACCAGCCGCGGCCUAUCUGGCAGCAGCAGCGCGACGCGUUGCUGCGCCCAAGCCGCACGCAGCAACGCAGCAGCAGCAACUGCAGCAGCAGCAGCUGCUGCAGCAGCGGCUGCAUCCACGAAGGCAGCUCUGACGGCAGCACAAGCCAGGCAGCAACCGCGGCGCCAGCUGCAGCGCCCCAACAGCAAACCAGCAGCAGCAGCAGCAGCAGCAGCUCACUGGCGGCUGCUGCGCAAGGGGGGGGUUCAGCAGUUUGGAAAUAAUGAGCAGUGCCGGGAUUCGAACGCGAGCGGCUCUGAGCAAAGAGGCCCAAAGGGCAGAAGCAAAAGGGCCCAGCCCCACAGCGUGCUGCAGCUUCUCUGCUGUUGCAGCAGCAAACUCAAAAGUUGCUGCUUUCUCCUCCUCGAGGCACAGCAGCAAAGAAACCAAAAGCCCCGACAGACACGGCAGCAGCCGCCGCCCUGCAAGCCCACAAACACAAGGAAAAAGUGCCCCAGCUGCAGCAGCAGCAGCAGCCGCAGCAGCAACAGCAGCAGCAGCAGCAGCAUCCUCGUUGUCCUGCCGUCCUCUUCCUCGUCAUUACCAGCAGCAGCACCAGCAUCCCCAACAGCAGCAGCAGCAGCAGCAGCAGCACCACACCCCCAGCAGCAGCAGCAGCACCACCACCCUAACGACCCUAACUCCAUGACCACCACCACCAGCAGCCUCAGCAGCAGCAGCAGCAGCAGCAGCAGCAGACCGAGAGGCAGGAAGAAGGCGUCGAGGAUGUGGAGGAAGAGGGGCCUCAGGUGCGCAGCAGCUUCUGCUGCAAAGGCAAAAAGGCCCCAAGACCACAAAGACAAGUCCCGCCCGAGGCCUUCGGGGCCCAGCCGCCGCAGAAUAGCAGCAAAAGCUUCCAGGGCCAGCGCAUGCACUCCCGCCGGCAGCUGCGGGUUCAGGCACUGCAGCAGCAGCAGCAGCAGCAGCAGCGGCAGCAGCGGUGGGAGGGGGGGUGCUGGGACGGCAGGGGAGGAGCGGCAGCAGCUGUUGCUGCUGCUGCAGAGACAGAGGGGGCUACAGCAGCUACAGCAGCAGCAACAG